AUUUUCCCGACAGUUCCCCAAAUAUUCCGGGGCCAAUGAAGGGAAAAGGCCUAGAUGCCUCUGCAGCUCCUUGGGGAGACAAGUUUCUUAAGCAGAGUUGGGAGGGGCGGAGCUGCUACGCUCUGGGCGCCCGCCAGCCCUGACCUGCACAGUCCGUGCCGCGGCAGGGAUUUGUCUAGCGACGCGUUCCCUAGCAGGGGUGUGUUGGGGGGAGUCCUGUUUCCGACCAUCAAAAUGGUUAUCAAAGUUUUUGUUGCCACAUCUUCUGGGUCCAUAGCGAUCAGGAAGAAACAGCAAGAAGUAGUGGGCUUUUUGGAAGCGAAUAAAAUAGACUUUAAGGAAUUAGAUAUAGCUGGAGAUGAAGAUAAUAGGAAGUGGAUGAGAGAGAAUGUACCUGGAGAGAAAAAGCCUCAAAACGGGAUUCCUUUGCCCCCCCAGAUCUUCAACGAAGAGCAGUAUUGUGGGGAUUUUGAUUCUUUCUUCUCUGCCAAAGAAGAGAAUAUUAUAUAUUCGUUCCUUGGAUUGGCUCCCCCCCCAGGCUCAAAGGUGGUAAAAUCGCCCGAAGAAGCAUCUUCUCUUCCCAAUGGUGAUGUAACAGGAGAGACACAGAGUACUGCAGAGGAAACAGAAAAGGCUGAAGAAGGUGGAGAAAAUGAGGUGCAAAAAGAAGACAAUGAAGAAAAGAAUACGGAAGAAAUAGCCGAGGAGGGAGCAGAAGGGGAAGCAGAGGAGGAGGAAGCAGAGGAGGAGGAAGCAGAGGAGGAGGAAGCAGAGGGAGAAGCAGCUGAAGACGGAGAAGAAGAAGAUUCAUAG